GGAGAGCGAGCUCCCCGGCUCCCCCUGCCAGGGACUGAAAAAAAGAAUUUUCGGUAACAGUUCACAUUUGGGGAGUUGGGCUGGUGUCCACGUAGUUUUUUUUUCUUUCUUCCGACAUCACUCUACGGAUGCACUGAGUGCAGCGUGCCCAUGUUCCCGGUAGGAUAACGAGGCUGCGUCUGCAUCGGGGAUGCCUAGAUCAGAUACGAAGAAGUCUGGAUUUUUCAAGGGGGUUCUGGACGGACUACGGUCCUCGGUGACCCAACCAGUGAAGCCCGAAGCAGAUGUCGAAGAAACCUUGCGGCCGGAACAUUUUCAGGUGUCCAGAACCGUACGACAUGGAUUCCCUUACCAACCCACUGCGUUGGCAUUCGAUCCGGUGCAGCGGAUACUAGCCAUUGGAACAAAAAAUGGUUCGCUGCGGUUGUUUGGCAGACCUGGUGUGGAUUGCACAAUUCAGCAUGUGCUGGAGUAUGCUGUGAUACAGAUCUUAUUUUUGGUGAAUGAGGGUGCUUUGAUUAGCGUGUGUGCUGAUGAUACUCUUCAUCUCUGGAACCUGAGACAGAAAAAACCUGAAAUAGUGCACACACUUAAGUUUCAGAAAGAGAGGAUCACCCACUGUCACUUGCCAUUCCAGAGCAAAUGGUUGUACAUUGGUACAGAGCGUGGGAAUUUGCAUGUAGUGAACAUAGAAUCAUUUACCCUUUCUGGCUAUGUUAUCAACUGGAACAAGGCUAUCGAACUUUCUCGCAAAACUCAUCCUGGUGCGGUGGUCCAUAUUAGCGACAACCCCGUGGAUGCCAACAAGCUACUGGUUGGAUUUGAGACUGGAGCCCUUGUUCUCUGGGACCUACGAAAUCGUGCUGCUGAUGUGAGGUUUCAGCAUACGGAGGCUUUACAUUCUGUCACGUGGCAUCAUGAGGGCAAGCAGUUCAUGUGCAGCCACGCCGAUGGUAGCCUAACAACAUGGAACAUUCGCAUGCCUGCCAAGCCUGUGACCAUUAUCUUUCCACAUGUGAGGAACACCAAGGAAGGCAAGCCUGAUCCCUGCAAGCCCAUCUACAAGGUAGAAUGGAGGACCUUGAGGGGAGCAGACUCCUUUGUGAUUUUCUCUGGGGGCCUUCCUUUCGAGAAGAGUGGCCAGACACCUGCUUUGACUGUUAUUCAUGGAAAAACCACAACAGUUUUGGAAAUGGAGCACAACAUAGUUGACUUUGUAACCCUCUGUGAAACCCCAUUCCAGAGUGACUUCCAUGAACCCUAUGCUGUUGUUGUUCUUCUACAGAAUGAUCUAGUGGUGGUUGACCUAACAAGCCAAGGCUACCCAUGCUUUCAGAAUCCAUACUCAAUGGACCUGCACGAAUCUCCCGUCACUUUUUGUACCUACCUGGCUGACUGCCCGACGGAUUUGAUACCAGCCUUCUACUCAGUCGGGAGCAAAGCUAACAAGCGGAGCGGAUUUUCUGAUAAGGAGUGGCCAAUCAGUGGUGGAGAAUGGGGAACCUCUACAGUAAGCUAUCCCGAGGUGAUCGUGACCGGGCAUGCAGAUGGCUCCUUGAAGGUUUGGGAUGCAUCUUCAGUGACCCUGCAGGUCCUGUACCGCCUGAAGACCUCCAAGGUGUUUGAGAAACCCAAGAACAGGAGCGUGCAGGACGACGACCCCUUUGCCGUGGAGAAGGUUGCCUUCUGCGCUGAGAGCCGUCUGCUCGCAGUGGCUGGGUCCAGUUUCUACCUCAUUGUCUUUGCUUUUAAGAAGCAGGAGGCCUCUGUAGAAGUGGAGGUGCUUGAGACCCCCAUACUCUACGAGGUUGACGAUGAAGGCGAUUGUUCCCCGGAGUGCGAGUAUCAGCGUCAGUCGUCUCAGCAAGGUUCCUGCCCUAGUGCCUUGGAUGAAACUUGUAAAAAGGCCGGGUCCGAGCACUACACCGCUCUGACCGUCAAGACGGGGCCACAGAAGUGGGGGACGGGCUUCCAGCCGUCCCUGGUGUGCAUGCUUCCGUGGGUCCGUGGAGAGACGCCGGGUCACAUAACUUCCCUCAGCGUCAACUCUACAUACAAUCUAUUAGCCUAUGGCAAUGAGUGUGGAUUAGUCAUUGUUGACCUGUCUACAAAAACAUGCGUGCUAAACUUGGGCACUCCUGACUUGUACGGUUCCUCUGACCCAUAUCAGAGGGUUGCACGAUCACCGAAACGGAAUGCAAUACUGCCUACGAAUGAUAGCCUCCAGGAGCAGGAGCGCUGUCGCUCACCAAGCGCAGACCAGAGGUCUAUAGGGAACCCCCAAACACCUAGAAAUGAACGACAAGGUCUGAAGUCUCCAAGUGUGGCUUAUCAACGAGAUGAUAAGCUGGACAGUUCUUUCUCACGGUCCCGAAGCUCAAGCAUGUCGAGUUUAGAGAACAUUAGUUCGGAGGCAAUCCUCUGUCUUAGCUUUGCCGAAGCCUUCUGUCGAAAGAGUGACACAUCAACUUCCCCUAGCCUUUGGGUUGGCACCCACCUUGGAUCUGUACUUGCUGUCUCGCUCACUGUCCCCAAUGAAUCUAGGCACCAGCAGCCUGUAAUUGCAUCUCCGAGCGGCAGCAUGUUUCGGCUGAAAGGCCCGAUCCUGUCAAUCUCGUUCUUGGACGGCAACGGGCUGCUGAUGCUGCCCUCAAGCGAGCAGUGGAAGGACCGCACGGACUCUAGGGAUCGGGAGGACCGGCGGCUGCGCUCCACCCUGAGCGGCGGCGGCCGGGCCCGGGUCUCUCCCACCAGCUCGCAGUCGCUGGAGCCCCGGGACGCCCAGUUUGCGGUCCUGGCCUCCGAGAAGCAGGCCCGCAUCGUUGCCCUGCCCUCCCAGACCUGCCUGUAUAAGGCCACCCUCACCGAGACCUCCUUCGUCGUCUGCACGGAGGUGCUCUCCAUGAAGAGCAUCGACACAGCAUGCCUGGUCUGCUAUAUUGCAAAUGGUAACAUUGUUGUGUACAGCCUUCCAAGCCUUAAGCCACUUUAUGAAAUGGACUUCCUGCCACUAGUUGACAUGAGAAUUGCCAGGACUUUUUGCUUUAGCAAGAAUGGGCAUGGAAUGUUCUUGUGCUCCCCAUCAGAGCUGCAGAAGUUUACCAUUUCUUCGGAUUUCUGUGCCAACCUGCAGGAGAUGUUGGGAACCAUUUUUCUAAACAAAGAGAUGCCUGAAGCACCAAAACAGAGUUUCUUCAAAGGCUUGUUUGGCGGAGGACCCAGUCUGUUGGAUCGAGAGGAGCUCUUUGGGGAAGCAAGUGGCAAGGCAUCGAAGACAGUGGCUCGCCACAUACCAGGAAGCACCGGCAACAUUGAUGCAAUGAGGGCACAAGCGGGCACUCUGGCUGGAGAGGUGAUGAGGGCCAGACAGGGUCUGACGGAGCGGGGGGAGGCUCUCUCGCAGCUAGAAGAGCGCACGGGACGCAUGAUGACCGAAGCGGAGAGCUUUGCCAACACUACACACCAGCUCAUGAACAAGUACAAGGAUAAGAAAUGGUACCAGUUUUAAGGCCGUUUCCUUGGUGUGCCUCCACUCUGUGAUUUUCCGUGUACUCUCGUAGGAAUAUUGUACUCGGUUUCCUUUCAUUCGAGUUUGUUGUUGCCGCUUCUCCCUGCGCAGAGCAAAAAUAAAUAUAAAAAAAAAAAACACAGACACAGACACCACCACCACCACCAUUACCACCGCCACUACCACCACCACUUGGAUGUGUAUGAUGUGUAUAUAUGUAGCAUCAGACGUUGACUGUUUAAGUGGUUCCACAUUUUCUGUAGUGUUUUUGCUGUUUCCUGUAUUGUACCUCCGAGGGUGGGUGUUGCGAGGGCCAGUGAAGCAGGGAACAUGGGUCUAAAAAUGCGACAUAUAAUUUUAUUUCUCUCGACAAAUGUUACAAAAGGUGUCCGAGGUAUUUUUCUAGAAGAGGCUUUCGAGAAACCCAUAUAUGCAAUUUGCCAAGUCGUAGAGGCGCUCUUCACGAUGCUGAUAUGGUCUUCUUCUGUUCUUUCGCUGUAGACUACAAAUGCUGCGACAGCUUCAAACUGGCUUAGACCCUUGUCUUCACUGUGCAAAUUGUGAGCAAACAGUUCUUCCAUGGAAAGGUCUCUUUUCAGCAAUUUGCUCUCGAGUAGGCAUCGGGGUUUUUUGGAAGGGUUAGGUCUAUCGAGGUAUGCUAGUGCAAGACUUUGACUGUUUCUGUGAGGAAGGAUGCAAAAUGCGCAUUGAUGAUCCAAGUGUAUUAUUACGCCAUGGUAGUUUCGUUUUCCCCGCACCUGUUUGUAGCAAGAUUCCGAAAAAAAACUGUUUCUGUGAUGAGCGGCAGCAAGUACAAUUGUAAAUAAAGGAUGUGUACCAGUCAACAAGAUGCCAUGUUUAUCUGUUGUUGUUAGCGAGUUGAAUACCAUUAUUCAUGAUGUUUUUACUUUUCCUUAAGGACCUUGGUUUUCUGUACUCCAGUUGUCAUCCACCAGACAAUUAAACUAUAGAAAUGUUGCAAAGAUGUG